AGAAUGAAAAAAGCACUCUUCCACGCCCCCUGUGUCGGUUUAGAAAGUACUAACUUCGUCACUAUCCGCCACGAUUUGUCCUCCAUAGUUGCUACAAUACCCCAAAAUCUUCUCCAUCUUCAUCCCUGACUUUAUUGCUUCAUAAUUGCAGCUGUAUCAGUUGUUGUAUCGGCACAAAUUCAUAUGCUUGCAAGCAAAUUAAGUAAAAAAGUUUUAAUAUUUUUCGAAUAUCUGACCCGAUAAAUGUUGUGAAGAUCAUCAUGUUCGUCGGGGUGUUAGCGUUUGAAGUUGCGGCGCAGAGACGUCGUUGGCAGCAAGCUGCGUAGCAUUUCUGCCAUAAAUCCGCCCUGUGACCUUGACCACGUUCAUUCUCCUCCGAUAUGAGUAGCCAGGCCGUUGGGUUCGAAUCCGACUGCGGGAUUUUUACGGUCGCGUGGAUGCGAAGCGCCGCCCGGUACGACCAAAAUGUUGAUCCCGAUGAAGUCGCGAAGAAGGCGAAACGAGAGUUCUUUCUGAAGUCCAUUCAGACCCAGAUCGAUUUUCUCAACACGAAUGCGACAAACGCGACGCACUGGUCGCCAUCGAAGGUGGAUGUCCCCAUGACGAACGAGGCUGUGAUCGAGUACGAGCGGCACAACAAGACCACCUUUUUGGAGGACAAGGCGAUCGCCCAGCGACAGAACGAUCUGAUCAUGGGGAAAGUGCAAACGGCGGGAGUGAACUUUGCCGCAAACUACAAAGCGCUUGACAAUUUGCAUCGGAAGGUCCCAGAUGUCAUUGCGACGUCGGGGGCGGUGCCGCAACAGCAUCAGCAGCUUCUACCUGGCGGCAGCAUCGAUCUCGAGAACUUGCAAGAGUACACUGUUGUGAAGGACGUGACCUGCAAAAGAGGCGAACUACAGGGAGGACUGCCUGCUGCCGAUGUUGGCGAAUCGCAGCAACUGCCGAGCGCUGGCGAAAAUGAUGAGUUCGGACAACAAGUGCUGCACUUAGCCGAGCCGAGUCUGUUCCUGCAGGGUGCUGGCUUCGGGCCAGACGUGGACGGCUUCGUCCUGGCGGAGCAUGUGCAACGAAUCCAGUCCCGCCUGUUGGUCUUGGAUUUCAACCGCCUGCAGAAGCUGGAAGGGUUUUCUCAUGGCGGGUUGAAUGCCAGUCGGGCCUUUUCCAGUUUGCUGUGUCUGUCUCUGCGAGAAAACCGCAUCGCCUCGGUCUCGGGCCUCUUCGACAACACUAAUUUAGGAAAUUUACAAGCCAUCGACCUGUCAAGAAACCUGCUGGAAAAUCUCUGGGCCGAGCGGACCGUCAUCGCCGGAGAGACGGACGAGACCGCCGGAGGUGAUAACGGUAGAAGUACUCCUGCUCCUGCAACAGGCGUUACCUACGACAACAGACCAUCGUCCGCUCCCCCGGAGCGCAUUGUCACAAAGAAGAAGGUCCCGUGCAAGUUGCAGCGGCUGCAAGUGUUAAUCGUGAAGGAGAAUCGUCUGGGGCCAACCGUGGUGGAGGCACUGAAUGUCGGCCUCCCGGAUGGCCUGAAGGCCGUCGAUUUGUCGAGCAAUUUGCUGCAGAAAGGGACGCUGGAGGAGUUGGAAACCGCGCUGUCUGGUAAGGCAACGCUGGAGUCUCUGGAUCUUUCCAACAACGAGAUGAAAGAAUCCUUUCGGCAGUACCGCCGAAGAUUUGUCGCCGCGUUCCCGCGGCUGAAACUUUUGGAUCAACAACCCAUCGGGUUUCUGGAGCGCAAGUGUGCAGAGGCGUGGGUCGUCGGCGGCGCGGAAGCGGAGUCGCGGGUGCGGAAAGCGGCCACUGCGACCGCGAAAAAGCUGAUCGCGAAAAUCAGCAGAAAGAACACAAUGCCUCCACGCAUGAUCGCGGAAAAGAACAAAAACGCGACGGUCACAAGCGGCAUUGCGCACCACUUGCUGGAGAAACAAGUGCGCGCAAUUAGCCCCACAGCGUUACGGGAGGCUGGAGCUACUACAAUUCCCAGUGUGACGAAGUCGGCCUUUGAGGAGAAGCUCGAUGCAGCUGGGGCAAAAGAAGAAGAGGUGAGUGAAGCGCCUACUGUGAUUUGGGCGUUGCCCGGUUCGUACUGCACAUUGUGCGGGUGCACCCACGCUCCCGCGAAACCCAAGCCGAAGCCCCCAUCUGGCAGCACUUCUACAGAUGGCACAAAUGGCAAGGAAAAGGAUAAGCAGGAGGGUCCCAGCGGUAAUAUCUUUCAGAAGAAAAUGGUGCCACCACCAGUUAGGAAGUACGACAACACAGGAGCGGGAGGAUUUCAGCACGUGGAGGAACUUACGGUAGGAUGGCGUGUCAUGCCGGAGCAUUUAAAGCCCACACCGAAGCCGUCUAGGCGGCAGGCGUCAACGUCAGACACUACAGCCCGUCGUGAUGGAGAUACUCAGAAUCAUGAUGAUCGUCCUCCAGGCUCGUUUGAUAUCAACGAGGUCUGCUCUCCUCCUGCUCUCCAAGAAGAACCUGGCGCAGCUGCUCGGCAGGAGCAAGAGGCCGCCCUGUUUGUGAAGAGACAAAGCGAACAAAAGAUGCUCGAGCAGCAGCUGGAGGCAGCCAAGAAACGCGAACGAAAGGCGGAACAGCUGGUCCGUGACGCACAUGGCGGUGGUUUGCAGCGCAUCCGAAAGAUCACCCCACCCGAGUGGUCGGACGUGCCAACAACGAUUUUGGAAACGUUACACUGUGCGAAAGCUGCGUUCUUCGCAGUGAACAGCAACGCGCUGCAGCAACCCGCGAGCGCGGUUUUCGACGUGAACCUGAUGAAGAGUCCGACCUUUUUGCGCAUGUUGGAAUCCGUAAACGUCGCUCAAUUGAUGAGCGCCAAAGACCUGCUGUCUUUUCUGAGCUCCUGCCACGCUGCCGUAGAAGACGAAGCGGAGGUGGUCCAAGAAAAAGGCACGGCUUUGAGCCACCUGCAUUUUUGGGCAGAAAGCGUCUGUCGUGCCGCUGUCGAGCUUGACGAGGCACGGACCGCAAGAGAUCUUGUCAAAGACCAUCUACGCAGUCUUGGUUAAGGGUCAAGAAGCUGCGUGCGACCGAGGUUUCUGUCCGUCCUCUGGCUCUGGCCAGGAUGCUAAAAGUUGUCAGUGGUACUCAAAGGUGGAAAAGUUCUAU